AUGAGGUUGAUUCUGGUUAAACCCACCAACGCAACGCGACGUCUUGACUCAACAGGUGAAGUCUUCCAUGAUGGGGACCACGAGCAUGCUACUUCAGGAGGUCCAUCACCACCGACAAAACCUCCUGAUGGGAUGCCUGAUCGAUACUCAGGUACCUCUGUGGAAACAUCUUCUUCCCCACAAGAAACAAGUCUGUGCUGUGUUUCAUCCUCACCUCACGAAAAAUCUAAUGGAAUCAGUCCACCAAGAGAUUCAGUCCAGAUGUCGCCAAUGAAAACCAGAAACCUAACCUUAUCACAGCUGAGUGAUCAUGACUGGCUGCUGCUUUGUGGCCAGGUUAGCAGUGUUGGAGAUGACUCGCCAUCAGCGGAGAAAGCUGGCUCCAGUGUGGGACAUCCAAACCACAAUGACAGAUGUGGUUGUUCCUGUCUUGAUGCACACCAACCUCCAAAGGCUUCGAGUUUUCAUCCUCAAUCAAAACAAGGCACCGUCCAGCAAGACUGUCUCUCCAGAGUUUCAAACAAGAGAAGCCUUUCAUCUUCACCACACACUCAGCCUUUUCCCCAAAGCACCCAAGCGUUGACCACUUGCCAGGUUUUACCACAGCAAACAAAUCAAAAGGAUCUUUUGAAACCUGCAACAAACCAUCCACAGGAGAAUUUCCUGCUCCGCUGCAGUGACCAAGAAAGUCAAAAGAAGCUAUUUCAACAACAGCCUUGCAAUCAUUUGCAACUUAAAGAGAGCAACCAAGCAACUUUAUUCAACAUUCCUCUGAACUCCAUUGAGUGUGUUGAGACAAAUCAGACGCUCUACCAACACCCUCAGCCUGCUGUCACUGCAGACUUCAACUGGAGAGAGCUUUUUGGCAAAGAACCACUGUUAGUUCAGCAAUGUCAAAAACAAGACUCUAACUGCUCGAUGAGCGGUGAUGAGACCUGCAAGUCACCUGGAGAUCCCUCCAUCGGCCUCAAGUGUCGACAUCUCCCUUGCAACCCUUUGACCAGCACUCCGCGGGUACAGAGGUCGUCUACUCCAGCCAGUAACAAAAGUGUCCAGUCCUUCUAUACCAGCCAUUAUAGCUCACUUGAGAACCAGGAUUUAGUGACAAAGAGAGCUAGACAGCGACAAAGUCAGACAAACCCUCAGCACCACAGUAGAUCAAGACUCUCCCUCCCCAAACACACUCCACCUACCUCCGCCUUAGACACCGGUGACAUAGUCAACGGGGACGCGGUGCGACCGCUAAGCAGCCAUGGCAAUUUAAGAUCCAGUCUUGCAGAUCUUUACUCGGGUCAACAGCCUCUUCAGCUUCUUCAUAGUGCCGUGCUAGAGGAUGCCUUCUCCAAAGUCAUCAGAGAAGAUUCCAGUAAGGCCAACAGUGAGAACCUGACCAGAGAGGAAGUCAGCGUACCACAGAAGAAGACCAAGGACAUUAGCUACCGGCUGGGCCAGAGAAAAGUUCUCUUUGGAAAGCGCAAACAGUUGAGUGACUACGCCUUGGUCUGUGGGAUGUUUGGCAUCAUCGUUAUGGUCAUCGAGACUGAGCUGUCGAGGGGAUUUUACAGCAAGGAAUCCAUGUGUUCAUAUGUACUGAAAGGCCUGAUCAGCAUCUCCACUGCUAUUCUUCUUGGACUCAUUGUGAUGUACCAUGCAAGGGAAAUCCAGCUCUUCAUGGUGGAUAACGGAGCAGACGAUUGGAGGAUAGCGAUGACCUUUGAGCGGAUUCUCUUUGUUGCGUUUGAGCUCCUUAUCUGUGCCAUCCAUCCAAUCCCGGGCCAGUAUGUGUUCACCUGGACUGCUCGACUGGCCUUCAGCUACACAGCAUCAGUGGCGGACGCUGACAUUGACAUCAUCCUCUCUGUACCAAUGUUCCUGCGCCUCUACCUCAUUGGCCGGGUCAUGCUGCUUCACAGCAAGCUGUUCACGGACGCUUCCUCCCGCAGUAUCGGGGCGCUCAACAAGAUCAGCUUUGACACUCGUUUUGUCAUGAAGACUCUGAUGACCAUCUGCCCUGGCACAGUCCUGCUGGUCUUCAGUGUGUCCUGUUGGAUCAUUGCAGCAUGGACCGUGCGUGUAUGUGAAAGGUAUCACGAUGCACAGGAGGUGACCAGUACCUUCCUUGGAGCAAUGUGGCUAAUCUCCAUCACCUUCCUGUCCAUCGGCUACGGCGAUAUGGUCCCUCACACCUACUGCGGGAAGGGGGUUUGCCUGCUGACAGGAAUCAUGGGAGCAGGCUGUACAGCAUUAGUGGUCGCCGUUGUUGCAAGGAAAUCAGAACUCACCAGAGCCGAAAAGCACGUCCAUAACUUCAUGAUGGACACUCAACUCUACAAAAAGGUAAAAAACACAGCAGCCAAUGUCUUAAGGGAGACGUGGCUCAUCUACAAAAACACCAAGCUCGUAAAGAAGGUUGACCGUGCCAAAGUACGCCACCAUCAGCGUAAAUUUCUGCAAGCCAUCCACCAGUAGCAGCGACUGCGAAGAGUCAAAAUGGAGCAAAGGAAACUGGCUGAUCAGGCCAAUACAGUUGCUGACCUUGCCAAGACUCAGAACAUGAUGUAUGAUCUGGUGUUGGAGCUUCAACAUCGAAGUGAGGAGCUGGACAGGAGGAUUGUAGCUCUGGAAGAGAAACUGGACUCCAUCCUUCUCAGCGUGCAGUCGCUGCCUGUUGUGCUUUCUCAAGCAAUAACAAAGCUACAGAAGGAUUUCCUGGACGACUUGGCCUGUCGUGUCCACUUCCUGUCAUCCUCCCUGAGCUCUGAGUGCUGUUCAGUCCCUGCCAGGCAGCUCUGUCCAAGACCAGAGACCCCAUACAGCUCAUAG